UAUACAUAAGCUUAAGUCUUUCUACUUUGGACAACUUUCACCCACUACAAAUUUAGCAUAUUAAAUUGACUGGUCCAUGCCUAAGCAAAGUGCUAUUAGAACACGUAUAGUUGUAAUGGCUGGCCAAGAAGGCCCUACAAUUACAAGAACAAAAAGAAAAAGUGCUACUCAACAUGGUGGUUCGACAUUACUUGAUCUUCUGCAGGCUCUAGAAGAUUAUUUGCCGGUUCUUUUGGGGUUAGUCAAUGAUGAAAGCAGACGAGCUUCUGUUGAUAUCUUCUUAAAGGCUGCUGGAUAUCUGGAUUGUGCUGUCAAACAUGUUCUUUCCCAGUUGCCGGCCGAACUCAGGAGGAAUUUACCAGUAGACUUAGCAGAAGGAACGCUUCGAGCACUCUCUCUACAGGCAUUAGGAUAUUGGCCAAGUGUAAUUUGUGACAUUCAUGUAACAUUGGGAUGGUCAUCUUAUUUUUUUUGGGUAUUUUUUUAUUAAGACAAUGAGAUAUUGGCCAAUGAUGUUGAAAAAUAACAUCCAAUUUUAUAGAUAUCAUGUAAUGAAUAUUAUGU